AUGGAUUUUAUCGGCAAUUUACUGAAUGAAAUGUCGUCUGCCUUCAAUCAGGAGACGACCAUCCCUAAAAAGGAGGAGAUUUCAAUGGACGAAACGCUCAAGUGGCGGGCGCUGAAGAACAAUCAAUUUGCAUCCCGCACCCGCCAACAACCGCCGGCCCCGGCGGCCGGAUCCACAAGCGGCAAGGGGAGCGGACGGAAGGGAGCCGGCAGCAGUGGCAUUGCGAACGGGCAGAAACUCGAACCCGCCCGUUCGAGCUCGUCGGCGGCGAUAAUGUCUUCCGGCGAAAACUCGAACGAGUCCGGGUCGCGGAUGGCGGAUGGUGGUGGUGGUGGUGGUGGCCGGGGAUCGGCACCGAUCCUCGAGGAGGAAACCAACUCAUCGUUGUCGCUAGGCCCCAAUGGAGCCUCCUCUACGCCGGAUCUGGUGAUCGCUGGAAGUAUGGAAGACGACGACGUGGACGGUAUAGAGAUUGAGAUCGCCAAGGACAUUAGCGGCGAGGAGCUGCAGGAAGCACUCGGUUUGAGUCAGCUGGUGGUGGAACCGCUGGAGGUGGAAGCGAUGGACGAUCUUAGCCAACAGUCGGCCGGUGCCCGCAGCACGAAAACACCCGUCACGAAAUCGGAAGAUGAGCAGGAAGGGGAACAGCAAACCACCCACCAAGGAGAAGCCACUGUCGACGGUCCGCCUGGUGUGGAGCAGGAACAGGACGUAAAAAAAUCAUCCUCCGGCAGCUCGGUGGAGGAACAUAGCGCUGUCACUGGCGUUCUUCUCGUGCCACCUAAAGGCGAAACGAUCGGUGAGGAGGAAAACGUCCGUGUGGCAAGGUCGGAGCACGGGAAAAAACUAGAGCAAGAACAACCGAUCGUUGAUGGGCCGAAGGGCGAUGUUGCUGCUGCUGCUCCGGCUGGCGCUGGCGGUUGCGAAGGUGAUCAACGCGCCGCAGAUGACGAAGCCGAACCAGACGAUGAUGAUGUUGUCAUUAUUGCGAACAGCACCGAUCCCACGGAGGUGAUAGUGGUGGUCGCAGAAGGAAGUACGAAAGAUGAGGACGAAGACGAUGCGGUUAGUGGUAGCGAAAACAAGACCGUUCCCGAUCUACGGAUCCCAGAGGAAGGUACUGGUGGCGAUCACUCAUCGCAAAAGAAUGCGCAGCCGGAUGUUGGCGCUACAACGGAUGUGGCUGCUGCUGCUGACGAUAGCGGUAUUGUAGAGCAAAAGUAUCGACCGAACGGUGACGAAGUUGCGAAUUCCGCAGCCAGCAGCGGACAAGAGCAGGCGGAAAAGGAGGAGGUUGUGGAAGUAAAGUAUUCUCCAACGAUCGGCGAUCGCGAAGACAGCAAGCCCGAGGCAACACUUCUGACCCCGGAUGAUGUGGAGGAGAAAGGGGAUGAAAAAACGCAAAAGAAAGAAGAGCAGAGCUCGCCGGAAAAGGAAGCCGAAAGGCCACAGUCGGCCGGACGGACGACGCGGAGCAAAAAGUGCGUAUCCACUCCACCGCCUCAGUUGGCUGCUAGCGUGGCGCCUCCGUCCCAGAGACGAUCGCAGCGUUUCGUAAAGGAAUCCGUCGGCGGGGGUUCGGGCAAAGUCAAUGGAGAACCCUCGCGAGCGUCUCCGGUCGUGGUGAAGGAAGAGGAUGUGCACGAUGAAUCGCCGACAACGGGGACGAAGAAAAAGACGCCACCUGUGGACGAUGUUUCCAAAGCGCCAGCAUCAUCGAUCAGCAGCGAAAGCAGGCUGACGAGAGGAUCCGUCGAUCGCGGUGUGCCACUGAAAUCCGAUCGUAGCUUGCGCAGUAAGCAGCAAAGUGUAACGGCAGCCCCCGGCAGCCAAUCGACAAGUGUGCCGCGUCGUGCCUCGGAGACGGCAAAAGCGUCCUGUCCGGAGGAUUCCACUGAUGUCGCUGAUCCGGAGGCUGAAAAGACGACGUUGAAUCGUCGCGGUAGAAAGCGCUUAAGUAUGGAACCUUCGGUCGGUCCGGUGCAGGUCGUACCCUCUGUUGCCGAUCGUGCAGAACCAUCGGCAGAACCGACACAGGGAGGUUCGCGAUCGGUUUUUCCUCUCGAUCCCGGCGAAAACGAUUCUGGCGGGAAGCAACCGGUUCAACCAUCGGUUCAGCCGGUGCGUCGCGGAAGAAAGCGCAAAAGUUCGAUCCCGGUCGAAGUGGCCAUGGCGUCGGAGACGCAGCGUCCAACCGAAAGGACAUCGCUGCCGUACAAACGCGCAGCGCGUCAGUCACGCGACGGCAGCGAAGGUAUCCUGGCGUCGGCCCUCGCCCGACGCGAUAAGGUUGACUCGCAGGGACGCUCUUCCCGGCCCAUUAAACUGUCGGCGAAAAUGUUGGCCAACGAAGAACUGCGCCAGGGGUUUGAGCAGCACAACAACGGGCGCAUCAUUAUCGCCGCCGACACGAUGAGCACGAGCGUUGUCGAUGAACCGCCGGCCCCCGAGCAGCAACGGGAUCGCGCGACGGAAACGAACCGUAAACAGACGGCAGUGGCGGCGACCGCAGCAGCAGCAGCAGCAGCAACAGCAGCAACAGCAGCAACAACAGCGGCAGCGUGAAGUGAGUCUUCCCUCGCGGACUCGGGAAACUGUAGCAGCUCCGAGGAUGUGACGUUGGUCGGUGUCACUAUGCUUGUCUCUGCGAAAGGGAGUUCCGAAGGAAGGAACGCACCAUUCGGUAGAAGACAGUUGGAAGUAAGCGGUCCUUCCUCGUCGGUGAAGGAAGCGUCGGUCAACAAUAGCGGGGAACGGCCACGCGCCGCUGGUAAACACGCGGACGCAAUCUCCACACCGUUAGAGGCGCGUCGGGUGCCUCCUUCCAGUGGCACAAAAUGUCCCGAUAUGCAAACGUUCCUGCAGGAGGUACGAUCGAUGCGGCUCGGCAGCAACCGUUCGCCGGAGGAAAAUCCAAAGCUCAACCGCCGACAGAUGAAGCGGUUGGGAAAGCUGAAGGAGAAGCACCUGCUGGCGCUCGGUUUGCAGCGAAAGGGACACCAUCAGCCACAGCAGCGUAAUGGGGACGCCAAGCGAUCGGACAGCGAUUUAACGGCGGCCGGCGAGUCCGAGGAGUCGAGCGGUAGCGAAGCCGACUUUGUGCCGAGCGGGAAGAUCGGAAUGGUCGGCAAACCGAGCGUUACGUUGCGCCUGCGAAAGCCGGAAACGUUGCUGGAGAAUCCAGCCGGCGCGGUAAGGACGAGUUCACUUUCUUCGGCCGCACUUCAUCCGAAUGCCACCCGAACGCAGCCGCUUUCCGGGGCGCCCGCUGGUGGAAAGGGUAUUCGACAGGGCAAUCAACAUGCUCAAAGGAGCGCCACGGCAUCGCGACGAUCGGUCGUUUUGCCAGCCGCGGCCACUACACUCGCACACGGCGGCAACGCUGUGAGCAGCAGGGAUAAGGAAACGGAACAGUUGCAGCGAUCGUUGAAGCGUCUCGGUUGUGAAGUGACAAUCAUACCGCCAGCGCGCCCCGGCGCUGGUCCAACUGGCGCGUCCUCGACGACCAGCGGCGGAAGUAACUCGUCCUCCACGCGGGGCACUCCUCCGGUGUCCAGAAGUGGUUCGAAUGUGAAACGAAAACCAUCCUCUCAGUCGCAUUCGGUUGCCUCAUCGUCGAGAAGCUUUUACCCGAAAGUGCCAGCGGACAUACAGAUGGCCUCGGUGGCUGCGAAUCUGGAGAUAGUUCUCGAUGAGGGACCGUCGGCGAUCAUCGGAGCUGCCAAGGUUUCCAGCAAACCGACAUCGAAAGCGGGUUCACGGGCCGCUUCCAGUACCGGGCUGUUUUGUCUGUGCGGCCACAAAUCGGAUUUGUUCGUUUCGCGACCCGUUGGCAAUGGGUACUGUACGGCGAUCGACGAUAUCGAUGGGCAGCAGAUCGGUUGCUGCAACGAGCUGACGGAGGAGGUGGUCAACAUGCUUCGGCCGAGUGCAGCCGUGAGCUUCCAGGUGCUCUGCAACAUGCACCGGAAGCGGCUCGAAGAUCACGGGUGCUGUGCGGUUUGUGGAAACUUCUGCACUCAGGGUAACUUUGCGAUGUGCAAGAAUGUGCACCUCUUCCAUCUGCAGUGUGCCGAGAAGUACGUGCUGACCACACCACGCAACCCGAAUCGACCGCACGAUCCGCCGACACCACCCUUGCUGGUUCUCAAGUGUCCCCACUGCGGCCGGGAGUGUCCGAAUGGCGAGAUUCAGGUCAACGUACAGCUCACACCACAACCGGUUCUGUUACCUUCGCGCAGGAACAUUGUGAAACCUGCCAAAAUGAGUGUUUCGAAGGCCGUUCGAGGCAAAGACAAUGAUUCCGGCGCCGCCGCUGACGAUGCCUUCCGUGCUAGCGUGGGUUCGCUUGUGCCGAACAGUGUGAAGAGUAUGCUUUCUACGGAGGCUCCUCGCGUCAACGGUGGCGUUUCUCCGGUGCCUGCAGCACCACCGGCCGGCACUGGAAGCGACCGAAGCGGAAGUGCUGCGAGCGGCGCUGACGGCACCAAGAGGAAGCGAUCCUUCACGAAGCAGGACUUUUUCCGUGCGAUCACCCAAAACAAUGAUGUCGAUCGGAUAUCGGAGAUAAUAUCUUCCGGGUUCGACAUUGAGACACGGUUCUCGGAAAUCCUCGGCGGUAACUGCCUUCACCUGGUGGCACACUUUGGUACGAUGACGAUCGCUUACCUGAUCAUCAGCCGAGCGAGCUCGCCGGACUAUCUGAACAUCGUCGAUAACGAGCUCCGAACGGCGAUGAUGUGUGCGUUGUUGGGUUCGAAGCACGACAUCAUCAAGCUGCUGCUGGAUUGUGGAGCCGACGCGACGGUGAAAGGGCCCGACGGGAUGACGGUGCUGCAUCUGGCGGCCAAACUUGGUCGCCACGAAGCGGUGCGCAUCAUACUGGACUGUGCGAAAAAGCGAUUGACGGCGCGCGCGUUGGUGAACUUCGUGAAUGGGCGCGACGGUGGCCGAUGGACACCGUUGGCCUGGGCGGCGGAAAAUCGGCACAAGGAAACGAUGCAGCAACUUCUGGAACUGGGUGCCGAUGUGAACGCGUGCGAUCGAGAGAACAACACCUCGCUACACUGGGCCACGUGGGCCGGGUGCACCGAUACGUUGUACCUGUUGCUGAACAAAUCCUGCGAUCCAAACAUUCAGAACGUUAGCGGCGACACGCCACUACACAUUGCAUGCCGCCUUGGACACGCUUCAAACUGCAUUCUGCUGAUGUCGAAGGGCGCAUCGUUGAUCGUGCGCAAUAAAGCGAACGAGCAACCGAUGGAUGCGAUCAGCAACCCGGACGGCGAGUGUGCCAGCAUUCUGGCGGCGAAUCUGAAGAUGCGGAGCCUCUCGAAGAACACGAAAGAGACGCGCAUUCUCAGCUGUGACAUCUCCAACGGAAGGGAACGCUAUCCGGUGCAGGUAGUGCACACGACCAACAGCAACGAUCGGCAGCAAACAGUACCGGCGUUUAAGUACAUCCAGCGUACGGUUCAGGUCGAGUGCUCCGUUCAGAUCGACACAAACCUUCGCAGUAUGCGAGUCUGCUCCUGCUUGGACGACUGUGCCUCUGGGAGCUCGGACUGCAUCUGCUCGGAGCGCACCUGGUACACGGCCGAUGGUCGGUUGGUGAGCGAUUUCAACUAUCACGAUCCACCGGAAAUCGUCGAGUGUGGGGACGCGUGUGAUUGCAAUCGGUUGCUCUGCCAGAAUCGGGUCGUGCAGCGUGGACUGCUCGUGCCGCUCCAGAUCUUUUACAGCCCCGGCAAGGCGUGGAGUGUCCGGACGCUCGUCCGCAUCCCGAAGGGCAGCUUCCUGGUCGAGUACGUGGGCGAGCUGCUGUCGGAUGAGGCGGCCGACCGGCGACCGGACGAUAGCUACAUUUUCGAUCUCGGCAGAGGCUUCUGCAUCGAUGCCAGUGCGUAUGGGAACGUGAGCCGGUUCUUUAACCAUUCCUGCAAACCAAACGUUUCACCGGUCCGUGUGUUCUACGAUCACCAGGACGUGCGCUUCCCGAAGGUGGCCAUGUUUGCCUGCCGCGACAUUGAGCCUCAGGAGGAAAUAUGUUUCGAUUAUGGGGACAAAUUUUGGAUGGUAAAAAAUCGUACCCUUUGCUGCCAAUGCAACGCCAGCGAGUGCCGUUAUCAAACUGUGCAGCAAGCUCCGCUGCUGGUGUUGUAA